CAGAUUCAAUUUGUAUUUACAUUCACGCCGAUCGGUUAGUCAGUUUUUAAGCGUGGUCUGAGCGUGUUGUGCGGCGCGGCAAAAAUUCGUGAGCGAAUAUCUCCAGCAAUAGUAAUAGCAAUAGCAAUAACAGUGCCAAUAAGCUGACCGCUUUGUGCAGUUGGCGAACGACAGUUGAGUGCAGCUGUUGGCGAUUGUGGCAUACUAAUUUUUACGCGCAUUAAAAACAACAGUUAUCCAAGUGGCAAGUGCGUGGCAUACGAAAGGUUGCGAAAAAAAUCUAACGAAACGAACGAAACGCGUAGCUUAUGGGAUAUAAAGCUGAUGCAGUUAGUUUCAAAUACCAGUUGAUUCGAAAUUAUAUAUGCAGUUUAUUGAGAAAAUCAGUAAAAAUUCAGAUGAAUACAGUGGCGAUUUGUGCUAAAAGUAACUUGAAACGGUGAUGUGCACAACAGCAAUAACAGCAGACAAUAAGAAAACCAUAAAAAGGUGUCAGGUGCAAGGUUGUGAAUAUAUUAAACGCCAGUAGAAUUUGUUCAGCUGGUUUCAAUAAGUGUAUAAUGCAAAUUUAUGUGUAGAAAAAUUGUUUUGUGUCACAAAAUACGUCAUACAGCCAAAAUAACGAAAAUUUAAAAAGUCUCCAAACUCUACAAAGUCUAAAAAACGCUUGAAAUUUACUUAAAUUUUGUCUCUAAUGCUUUAAUAAGCUAACUGAAGUGUAAAAAUUAAUUUUUAAAACUCUACACAAAAGUCUACAAAAACUAAAAACGCUUGAAAUUCACAUAAAAAUUGUCAUAAAUGCUUUAACAAGUUAACUAACGUGCACAAAUUGAAUUUUCAAACUCUACACAAAAGUCUACAAAGUCACAAAAACUAAAAUAACAAAUAACAACAUUACAACACAAAUUUUGUAAAAAAUUGCAAAUACCGACGACGCAAACACGAUAUUGGUCUACGAAAACCUGAAUUUUUUAUAAAUAAAACUUUACAAAAUACGAAAAUCAAAUAUUCCAACACUUUGUGAAUAUUUAAGAGUGUCAUUAACCUCAUAUUAACCCAUUAAAACCUUUUAAUAAAAUGUCUGCAAUGGUAGCUUUGCGUCGCUUCAUCGAUCUACUACUCUUCGUAAUACUGAUUGCUGUCGAAAUCGCUUUGCGUCAAUGGAUGCCGCCACAAAAGCGCGGUUUCUUUUGCGGCGACGAAUCGUUACAAUAUCCUUACAGCAGCACACAAACGAUUGGAAUGGCAGCGCUCUGCAUUAUCGUGUUGGGCAUACCAUUCUUCGUCAUAUUCGUUGUGGAACUCUUUCGUCAAUUAUCACAUAGUCGCGGCAAGAAGCAGCAUGCAACACAAGAUGCCGCCAACAAGUCGUGUCACUGUGGGCGUCGUUGGAAGAAUAUUUACGCACAAAUCGGCUACUAUUUGCUCGGCUUACUGAUGACAGUAGUCGCUACCGAGAUAGGGAAGCGUGCGAUCGGCCGUUUGCGUCCGUACUUCUUUAGCAUCUGCAAGCCGCGCCUGAGCGACGGCACCAAUUGCGACUUCGAACAGAAUCAAGGUCACUACUUCACCGAUUACAAGUGCGAAAGCGAUGUUGGUCAAAAGAUGAUGGCCGAAAUGGCAAUGUCCUUUCCCAGCGGACACUCUUCGACCAUCUUCUAUGCCAUGGUCUAUAUAGCGCUCUACUUGCAAGUGGCGCUCAGCACACGCGGCUCCAAGCUACUCAAGCAUUUACUGCAAUUCAGCUUUGUGAUGUUGGCUUGGUAUGUGGCGUUGACACGCAUCAACGAUCACUGGCACCACUGGUCCGAUGUGCUGGUGGGUACAUUGCUGGGCGCCAUGUUCGCUUGGCUGGUGGCACGUUAUGUGGCCAAGUUUUUCGAGGGCCGUUGCUCAACGUCGGCGGCGGCGACGUCUAAAAUCUUAGUGCACUCCGGUUUGGCGGCCGCGUCAGCGCAAUCGGCGACGCCAGUCUUGCCUGCGUACACAUUUGGCAGUAUGCCGUAUCUGCAGCACCACGGACCGAAUCACGCCGCCUACGGUCAGACAUACCACAACUAUGGUUACGUGCCGUAAAGCGGUGCGCACUGGCGGUGGCGGUGGAGAAAUGGAAAAAUGUAAUGCAACGCACACAUGUGGUGUGGCAGAAAGCGGUGGCAGCGGGUAGAAAUACAAAAACAAGCAACUGCAGAAAUGUCUGGAAAUGCAGUUGAGCUGCAGUGAAAGCCAUUGCAAUUUUGUUAUUGUUUUUUUUUUUAAUUUUUUGUUUUUUUGUUUUAAAUUUAAGCUUGCCAAUGCACGCAUGUGGCAUUGGAAUUCGUGUAGCAAAGAGAAAAUCUGCAAGCCCAUACAUAUGUGUCUAUAUGUAUAUGUAUUUCGCAGUUGAAUGAUUUUCGUUGAGGUCUGCAACUGCUUAGUCAAACGCUAAUUGUUGCUAAUUGCCAACAUCAGCACUAAUCACUUACUUGUCUUAAGUAGCGCAAAUGCAUGCCUGUAAAUGUGCGCUCCACAUAAUAGUUUUAAAAAAAAGAAUAACAGCAAAUUUGUCUAAAUUCGCCGCUACUUAAUGCAUAUAUGCUUAUGGUCUAAUUAAAAGUUCAAUUAAAAUCUUAAAAAGUCUUGCAACGAAUGUCUACAAUUGUUGCAUUAGCACUUAAGAUUUGAUUUGAAAUGAAAUUUGUACUAAUAAAUCAUUUAGAUGUUUAAAAAAUCGAAAUUUGUAAUGUCUCCAAAAGGCUCCAAAUUUUUUUUUUUAUAAAAAAUAACGAAAUUUUAGUGAUUUCAAGUGAAAUUUGUACUAAUAAAUCAUUUAGAUGUUUAAAAAAUCGAAAUUUGUAAUGUCUCCAAAAGUCUCCAAAUUUUAUGUU